UUUCUCAUUAUUCAUGUGGGGAAUGCAUUUCUUGGUUGCUGAGCUAUUUCGACUGUGGAGGAUGGAGACCCAUUUGCAAUAAUGGUGCGUUGGUCAUUCACCACGGCACAGACAUUCAAAUUAUUCUUCUCUUUAUUUUUGCUUUGGAAGAAACUGAUAAUUUUGCUCGUCCUAAUGGCCAAGAGACACCUUUUCUUCUUCUUCUUCCGGUUCUUUACAAUUCUGUUCAUCAUUUUCCCGCCAUGUAUGUCCGCAAGUAUAGAAACAGAGGCUCUCCUUCAGUUCAAGAAGCAUUUGAAGGACCCUUUGAAUUCUUUGGGUUCGUGGAUAGAUUCUGAGUCUCCCUGUGAAUUCCACGGCAUUACCUGUGAUAAAUUUUCCGGAAAAGUCAUAGAAAUUUCACUGGAAAAUAAGUCUCUUUCCGGGGAGAUUUUCCCGUCAAUUUUUGAUCUCCAGAGCCUUCGAGUUCUGUUACUUGCAUCAAAUUUUAUUUCUGGGAAGCUUCCAUUUGAAAUAAGCAAUUGCAGCAACCUUACAGUCUUGAACCUAACAGAGAAUGACAUGGUUGGGGCUAUUCCAGACUUGUCUGGGAUGAGAAAUCUCAAAGUUCUUGACCUCUCAGCAAACUACUUCUCCGGGAGCUUCCCAAACUGGGUUGGAAAUUUGACUGGUCUGGUUUCAUUGGGGCUCGGGGAAAAUGAAUAUGUUGAGAGUGAAAUUCCUGAGACUCUUGGCAAUCUGAAGAAAUUGACAUGGCUCUAUCUUGGUGGUUCUCAUUUGCGAGGAGAGAUUCCAGAAUCAAUUUAUGAAAUGAAGGCUCUGGAGACACUGGAUAUUUCAAGAAACAUGAUCUCUGGGAAACUCUCCAAGUCAAUUUUGAAGCUGAAAAAUCUUUAUAAGAUUGAGCUUUUCUCAAACAAUUUAACUGGGCAAAUCCCAGCUGAGCUGGCAAACUUGACUAAACUUGAGGAGAUUGACAUUUCCAAGAACCACAUGCAUGGUAAAUUGCCGGAGGUGAUUGGUACUAUGAAGAAUUUGGUCGUUUUUCAACUCUAUGAAAACAACUUUUCUGGAGAACUUCCUGCUGGGUUUGGAGAUAUGCAACAUCUUGUUGGAUUCUCAAUUUAUCGAAACAGCUUCUCUGGGAAAAUACCAGAAAAUUUUGGCCGAUUUUCACCACUGGAUAGCAUUGAUAUAUCAGAGAAUCAAUUUUCAGGUGAAUUUCCAAAGUUCUUGUGUGAAAAUAGAAUGUUGAAAUUUUUGCUUGCUUUGCAAAAUAAUUUCUCAGGUGAAUUGCCUGAGACUUAUGUUACUUGUAAAUCACUGGAGAGAUUCAGGGUCAGCAGGAAUGGUUUGUCUGGAAAAAUUCCAGAUGAGCUUUGGGCACUUCCAUUUGUAAAGAUAAUUGAUUUAGCUGACAAUAAUUUUGAUGGUGAUAUAUCUCCAAAAAUUGGGCUCUCUUCUAGCUUAAGUCAGUUAGUUCUAAUGAAGAACAAGUUUUCAGGUAAGCUUCCUUCACAACUUGGCAAGCUGAUGAAUUUGGAGAAGCUAUACUUGAGCAACAACAAUUUCUAUGGUGAAAUACCAGCUGAAAUUGGAGCUCUGAAGCAAUUAUCCUCUUUUCAUCUAGAAGAGAAUUCAUUAACUGGAUCAAUACCUGCAGAACUUGGUAAUUGUGCAAGGCUAGUAGACUUGAAUUUUGCUCAGAAUUUUCUUACUGGCACUAUCCCGCAGUCAGUUUCACUUAUGAGCUCAUUGAACUCUCUUAAUCUAUCUGGCAACAAACUUACAGGCUCGAUCCCAGAAAGCUUAGUGUCAAUGAAAUUGAGCUCAAUUGAUUUUUCCAAAAACCAGUUGUCUGGGAGAAUUCCGAACAAUCUUCUAAUUAUUGGUGGUGAUGAAGCUUUUGUUGGAAACCCAGGACUUUGUGUUGAUCAAAAUUCAAGAACUCUUAUGAAUUCUGAAUUCAACAUUUGUACAAGCAUACAUGGUCCGAAAAAGGUCUUCGCUGAUAAGAUAAUAAUUCUUUGUACCAUUGCUUCUGUCUUGGUUGUACUUUUGGUUGUGUUGCUUGUGAGUUACGGAGGCUUCAAGCAUGAAAAUGCAGAUCUGGAGAAAAACAUAAAAGGUCAUAAGGAAACAGAUUCAAAAUGGAAAAUGGCUGCUUUCCACCAAGUUGAUCUUGAUGUGAAUGAAAUAUGUAAUCUGGAUGAAGAUAAUUUGAUUGGAACUGGUGGCACUGGAAAGGUUUAUCGAGUUAACUUGAAGAAAACUCGUUCAACAGUGGCUGUAAAACAACUAUGGAAAGGAAAUAGUGUAAAAAUUUUGGCGGCAGAGAUGGAGACUUUGGGGAAAAUAAGGCAUAGAAAUAUACUUAAGCUUUAUGCUUCUUUGUUUAAAGGAGGAUCAAACUAUUUAGUGUUAGAGUACAUGCCAAAUGGUAAUCUUUUUCAAGCUCUUCACAGACAGAUAAAGGGUGGGAAACCAGAAUUGGAUUGGUACCAGAGAUAUAAAAUUGCACUGGGCACCGCAAAAGGAAUUGCCUAUUUACAUCAUGAUUGUUCUCCACCUAUCAUCCACAGAGACAUAAAAUCCAGUAACAUUUUGCUUGAUGAGGAUUAUGAGGCAAAAAUUGCUGAUUUUGGGGUCGCAAAAUUUGCAGAAAAAACUGAUCAGCAGUUGGGUUUUAGCUGUCUUGCUGGCACUCAUGGUUAUAUUGCUCCUGUCCCACUGGAUCAGGAUACUCAAUUCUCAUGUUCUUUUCAUCACUUGCAUCUAAUGAGAAGAUAAGUUGAGGGAAAGAUUGCAUAAAAUUGUGAUUUCUUUUCUCUUUACCUUCUCUUUCUCCACCUUUAUGACAUUUUUUCAUUCUGGUUCACGAAUCAUUUUGUCUGUCUGUUUUUGCUUGGAGAUCUACGUACUUUCUUAUAAAUGACAGACUUGAAGGCAACAUUUUUACUCCUAACUUUAUGACAUGGACUUCAUUUUACUUUUGAUAACCUUAGCAAUAAAAAAAUAUGUCCUAGUAUAGGAGAACAUUGACUUAAAAAUUAUUCUGAAGACCUCCCUCUUUAUAGUGAUUUAUGCAUCUUCACGGGUGGUCAUAUUCAUUUGUUCAUAACUAUGGAAAUAAAUAUGCUUCUUGAUAAAGGGUCAAAGUAAAUCUCCUUUAACUCUUAGCUCAGAUAAAUGGUACUCUGUUUCUGAAACAUCUGUAUCUGCUAUGCGAUCAUUGCUUUCUUCUUUUCAAAGAAUCAUGCUUAAAGGAAGAAUGUUAGGGAAGCUAUACGUAAAAAAAAAAAAAAAAAAAAAAAGAAUGUUUCAACUUGGACAUUGAUGUUGAUUGCUUGAAAAGGAAAUCUCUUUUCUUAUAUCAACAUCGAUAUUGCUUAAUUUUGUUUCUUGACUCUUGUUAAGUGAUGCACAUUAAGCAAAUUCAGUACUUGCGUUGUUGUGAUUUCUGCAAGUCUUAAAAUUAUGAUUGAAUGUAAAUAAAAUGACAAUGAAAAGACAUUCUUUCAGUUGUUUGUUAAACAGAUCAUGUUAAUGUUUCAAAUCUCUCCGCACAAAAAGAAGUGAUUUUUGAAAUUUCUUUGACGGACCUGCAAGUGCUCCAGAGGCAUGGCUGAACACUAUAGUAUAUGGCUAGUUAACUUUCCCCCCAAGUCCUGUUUAAACUAUGAUUGUAGACUGUAGUUAUGAGGAAAAACUAGAAUAGAAGUAUAUUUCCUCUUGUUCUUAUUAUGACGCAUAUCUAACUCAUUGAAACCAAUAAGAGGUGGUUAAGUUAUUAACUCAUCUGAAAAUAUAAUAAUCUUCAAAUUUCACCCCUAUUUAAAUGAAAAAUUUUUAAAUUUACAUUACGUUCUUUCUCAUAAUUAAUGAUUUUAGAUAGGGGUAAUAUUGAAAAAAAUAUAAUUAAUACUCCAUCAAGAGUUUUGUAUUAAGGACCAAAAAAUCCUUCUAAAAGGCGCCUUAUAAUAAGAACAAAGAGUACAAGGGUUAACACUCUGAAUCACAAAGUGUCAUUUCUUUUUUCUUUAUUUUCUUUCUUUCUUUCUUUCUUUCCUUUUUUUUUUUUGGCCUGAAAUUCUUUUUGGAGGUACAUGCACUAUACUUCCCAGAACAUCAUGGAAUUAAC